AUGAAAGCCUGGGCCGGGACCAGGUCGUGUGUGGCACGCGUAGGAGAGUCGUCUUGCUUUGUCGACCGCCGCGUCGACACCACCGCCCGUCGUUUUAACAUUACCCUGCCAUCGGAGCAAGGUGGGUCCAAGGAGAGUUAGUGUGGUAGAUCCUAUGAAAGUCCAGCCGACUAUAAACUACUUUACGCUCAAGUCAACGGUACUACGACCACUUCGUAGAGAAGGCGGUUGACGCCGUCGGUAACAACAUUCAAAUUGUUGUUGAUUGGCCACGGUAAUUUUUCCGGCGAGUAGGAAUUUCUGACAAUCAUAGUUCACACGCGCAUUACUGUAGCGGAGUCUACUGAUGUCUAAUUUUGGUCUUCCCCAACGUGAAGCCAUCACUUUUGAUCGAGAGCCGAUACUAAGGUGGCUACUUGAUAUUUAUGACAUGAACACUCUUUCACUCUACUGUAGGAGAAUAGCAGGGAACUUGUGAGUAUACAAAGUCGUCGGCUAACGAACACUUUUAGAGGGACCGAGCACAUGUGGCGAAAUCUCGGAAAUGAGCUUCCAAUCAGCAAAGCACAUUUAGACGUGGCAGACUUGACAUAAGUAAUAAUUGCCAAUACAAGCAAAGAUGCGAGUUACAGGAACGAGCUAAUAUGAAGUAGAAGCGAUUGCCAGAACAACAGCUUUUUCGCAUUUUCUUGAUAUUUUAUACCCGAGGAAGGUGUAUAUUUGGGUUUCAAAAAAAUUUCCAAUUCCCGAAUAAUUUUGUGUCUGAUGUGCCAUUGAAUUAGCGUUUGGCAAUUUCAGUCUACAAGGUGCAUGCUUUCCGCGUAAGGAAAAUCAUAUAUUCCUCUAUACCUUUAAGAAGGUACCACAUAGAGUCCCUAAAAUUUCGCAAUGGAUCCGGACUAUGUUAUGCAUUUCAUUAGGAACAUUUGUAAACGGACAUUUGCGGUCCUGUAUGCAUGGACAUCGCACGGUCUUAAAAAUCUCAUAAUUAGAAACAUUUUUAAAACCCAAAUAUACACUUUGUUCGGAUAUAAAAUAUCAAGACAAUGUGAUUUUCUACCAAAGGAGUAAAUGAAAGCAUAUUUUUGUGCAUGCUUUCUAUAACAUAUAUUUGAAUUUACUAGACCAUCGAAAAUCAAUAGCAAAAGUGCUUGCUACAUAAGUAGUCAUUUUGUACCGAGUGCGGUUUCUGCAGGAGGUCAAAAAUGGGUGCAUUCAAAAGCCGACAUCCUGUUGAGUCCGAAAUGUUAUAGAGUUACGCUGCAUGCUGGUAAGCAUUACAACCCCACCUAAUUAAUUCUUCCUAAUCGAAAACGCAUUCGAGAAUUUCGGCUAACAUUUCAUGAGAUCGGUCACGCACUUUUAUCAGUAAAUUUCGAUUGAGAUGACUUUUCGUUCGGUUCUUCUGGCGAGUGUGAAUUUCUGGUGACCAUUUUGCACACGCGCUUUGCUGCAGCGGCGUUUAAUGCCAUGUAAUUUUGUUUUUUUUCUAACGUGAGGUUGUCACGUUUGAUCGAGAGCCGAUACUAGGAUGCUUUCUUGAUAUUUAUGACAUGAAUAUGUUUUCAGUGUACGCUAGGAGAAGAGCAGGGAAUUUGUGACCGACGAACACCUUUAGGCGGACCGGACACAUGUGGCAGAAUUUCGAAAUGAGCUUCCAAUCAGCAAAGCACAGUUAGGCGUGGCAGUGUAGCGGCCGAAGACGUCAAGCGUAGCACACACCGGAGUAAGGGAACGCCGAGAAGGACUCUUGGCCGGGGUAGACCUGAACGGAGCUGUUAGCAUUCCUUGAUACACAUCCAUACAUAGAAGAAGAAGAAGAAGAAGAAGAAGAAGAAGAUGAUGAUGAUGAUGAUGAUGAUGAUGAUGAUGAUGAUGAUGAUGAUGAUGAUGAUGAUGAUGAUGAUGAUGAAGGCAUGUCGAAUAAGAGAUAA